GCAUGAGAGACAGAGUAUCAUGUAAGAAUAAAAAGAAAGAGAGAAAGUAAGUAAAAAAGAGAGAAGAAAAAAUUUUCUUUUCAACUUCUAUUCUCAAUCAAUAUGGUCAACGAUUAAAAUUGUAACUGUAAAAAUUAUUUUCUCCAUUUUUGAUCAGUGGAAAUUAAUUGUAACAAUUAUGUUAUCCAUCUUCAGUAAUCAAGUUAAAUUGUCAUUUUCAAGUUUCGAGUUUCAUUUGUUUUAAUUGUUAAUCAUUUCUAAUUCAAAGUGGAUUUAAAAAGUAGAUGAAAAUAAGGAUUUCGAUUACCUUGUUUUCUUGUAUUAUAAUUUUUCCUUGCUAAUUGCAAUGUCUUUUAGGUGGAAAUUAACAAUUUACUUAAUUGUUUUCUUCAUCAGUGUUUGUGUUGACGGACGAUUUAGGAGACUAGCAUCAGGGUUAUAUGGAUCAUCAUCAUUAUCAUCAUCAGGAGGAUGGAGAUUAAUUAAACCUGAGGGUUUAUAUAAAGAUUAUUCAAGUUCCAAUGAUGGAUUAUCAUCAUCUCCUUUAUCAUCAUUGAUUAAUAAUCAACGACAUCAAACAAUUAAUCCACUAAUUCAUACUAAUCAUUGGAGAUUACCUUUUAAAACUAAUCAUUAUCAUCAUGGAUAUAAAAAUCAUUUGGAAACAACUGAUUUACCUGAAGAUGAAUUGGAUUCAACAAUUGGUAACAACAAUCAAGGUGAAAAUUUAGACCAACAAUCAAGGUUAACUGGUAAUUACCAACAUAAUCCAUUAACUGAACUUACAAGUGUCAACAGGGAAGACCAUGAGACAACUGAGAAGACUUUAGAUUCCCAGAUAAUUAUUCCAAGUUCAGUUGUACCAAAUUCACAAUCAAAUAAGCUAAGGGUCAAUUUGGGUUCUCCUGAAUCACUUUUAGGAGAAGAGGUUUUAUCAAGAUCAGCAUCUUCGGUGUCAACAUCAUCAUCACCUUCCUCAUCGGUACAUCAUCAGAUACAUUAUGCCAACAAGAAAAUAGAAAGUGAAUCUGCUCAUGAAGGUAGUCCAAUGGUCCAAUAUCGAUCCUUUAAUCAUGGUAAUAGAAAUUCAGUAUCAUCAUCAUCAUUCAGUGAUCUCUACUUUGUAGCAAUCGUGGUUGGGUCAAGUGGUCUCGCCAUAUUUGCUGUGGUCAGUGCUGGUUAUUGUUUCUAUAGAUUCCAACAGCACAAUAAAUCAGCCGCUGAUGUUGAUUAUCCAGCUUAUGGUGUUGUUGGUCCGAUAACAAAGGAAACUAGUAAUCCAGGUAAUCUUUCACCGAUAGGUGAUCGGAAAUUAGCCCAAAGUGCUCAAAUGUACCAUUAUCAUCACCAAAAGCAGCAAAUGAUUGCCUCUGAAAAAGUUACUACUUCUCGACACACUUCGGCAUCGGAUGUUGACUCAGAGGAAGAAAAUGAGGAAGGAGAUUAUACUGUUUAUGAGUGUCCCGGAUUAGCUUCCACCGGAGAGAUGGAAGUUAAAAAUCCUUUAUUCCAAGAUGACAUUACUCCAGUUUCAUCGCCCUCAGUAAUUACCAAUGGAUCAGAAACAAAGGAUAAAAAAUGAUUGAAAUAUAUUCCAAUCAAUCGUCACGUUCAAAUCACAUAAAUUCCACCAUCAAGUUAAUUAAGUGAAAUUGGUCAUCUCUUUGUCUCUCCAAUCUUUUUCCUCUGUUAAUACAUAAUUUUCUCUCUCUCUUGCUUAGAGAUAUUCAAUUGUUCUUAGUGAUGAAGAUUAUCCCUUUUUGAUUGUUGGUGAAGGUUAAGUGUUGCCAUUAAGUUAAUUUGAUUGCAUAGUCAUCACCAUGGAAUGUAAUUGAAUAUAUUAUUCAAAAUGAAUAUCCUAUAAUUGUGUGGAUUAAAUUUUUGAAUUUAAUUGUGUUUAAGGUGUAAAAGGAAUGAUGGAAACAAAAAAGAGAAUCUAAUUUAAUGGUAAAUAUGCAAAUUCUAAUUGUGAAAAUUUCGCAUCAUGUUCACCUUUUCCUUAAUCUCUACACUUAAUUCUUCACAAUUAACAACUUUAAUUCACUAAUUUGAAACGAUUUACCUUUUGAUUUGAUUUUCUCUUCAAUUUAAACUCAGUGUUUUUCGAGAAGAGGCAAAGUAAAUCUCUAUUGGUCACAAUUAACCGAUACACAGAACAAAAUAUCAUCGAUAGUUAAUCAAUUAACAAUAAUAUUCGCAGAUUGUUAAUUCACUAACAGCACAUUAACCUAAUUAAUCAAAAAUUAACCAAAGAAAAAGAAAAACAAAUCAAAAAGUAAACAAUCAAAACAAUGGUAAAGAAACUCAACUUCCCUAUUAACCUAAUCCCUAAUUUGUACCCAUUUUAAUCAACCAACAAUUAACUGUCAAUCAAUUAUUUCAAUUUAACAGUUAAUUUAGUAAAUAAUGUUAUUAUUAUUGAUGAAAAUCUCAAUUAAUGGGAAUGAAAGGCCAACCUGAUUAUCUAAUGAAGUUUAAUCCUUGUUAACAAUCAGAGAUUCAUUUUAAUUGUACAGAAAAAAAAUUAUUCCAUUGAAUUUUGUUAUAUCAAAUUUCUUCAUGUUAAUCAGAAAACCAAUCAAAAAAUGAAUUCCCAGUUAAUUGAACAAUUUAUCAAUAGUAAUAGAAGAAUAGAGAAACUGAUGAAAUGAUUUAAACAGAGAUCGAAGUUAAAUUGUUGCUAAUUAAUAUUUUACAAUAAUUUCCAUUGAUUUUCCUUCCACUAAUUGUCACAACAUUUAACAUCUUUUACUUAAAUUAUUACAUGUUAACUUAAUGUCUUAAAUUUAUCAACUAAAUUAACGAGUGUAUCAAACAAUCAGUGACAAUUUACUGAUUGUCCCCACAAAAAGGUGAUCCAAACAAUGGUUGUUAUUAAUAUCAUAUUAUUAUAUUGUUACAAUUAAGUUCCCCAAUUAGUAAACGUUAACUAAAAGACCAAAAA